AUGAUGCUCAACGUUUCAAGAGUUGUUGCAUUGCUCAGACAGGCUGUUCCAAGCAACGAGUCCCUUUUAACGCGGCAGAAGAUGCGAGCUGCCUGGGAUGCAAGUCUGACGCUUGGCUUUGACAGUUCCAUGUCGACUUUUGAUUGGCCAAAGGCUACAGCCAAUCGCCGACCAGUACUGCAGCAUGGAGGCGAGACCCAACGCCGAAUUGGAAGACACAAAUUCUACCCACAGCACAUACCAUCCCACCGGUUGUGUUUAGCCCAAACACGCAAGGAUGGGGCGACUUUUUCCCUCUACAGCCUAGAUUAUAAUGCCGGUGAUGAAAUCCGUCCACGAGGCAUCCUCUUUAGUUUUGGGCAAUCUCGUGGACUGCCUCAGCCUGAGUGUAAUACCAACGAGAUCGGCACAAGAAACUCUCGAUCAGAUACACUUUCACGCACAAAUCAAAGACUGCAAAACAUGUUAACUUUCAUCUGCAUGCAAAAAGACCGCUCCAACCGCGAGGCUGAGUCUCGGUGUCAACCUCGUCUUGGUCCCAUCGGAGUCCACUUGGUGACUGGAACCUUUUGUGUGCCGGUCAAGUGA